AUUAUGUUGGUGUUCUUGGAAUUGAAGCAUCUCUUGCUGGAGGUGCUACCAUCGCCUACCAUGGUGGCACAAGGCCGCUUGCUGUGUAUCCAAAAUCACUUGGCCAUGGUUUGUGAUGGCCUUUGGGCUGUCAAUUCAAUGAUCGAAAUCCCUGAGAUGGGAAUGUUGAAUAACCAUUUUUCUAAAAAGUUCUAUGGGGUUGAUGCGGUGACGUCGUUUGUGCCUGCAGAAACUGCAGAUUGGGUAACAGAUGUGGCUACAGCAGUUAUAGAUGUGGGAGAGUUGCUCAGUCGAAUCAUGGAUUGGGAAGCAAGUUCGCAUCGUUCCAUUGUGGGAAAUACCCAACAGGUGCACUUUCGCCAUGUUAUUCUAGUAGAGCUGAAAGAGAUAUUGUGCAACUUGAAUUCUCUUGUGCUGAGAGGAUCUGCAAUGGGUCUUUGGAGGGACCCUAUGGGUUCUAUGAACCCACUCCGAGAAGACUACUCAAUUGUCCUAAAAAAUGAGGUGGUGGGUAGAGAGGAAGAUCUGGAGGAACUCAUUGCAAUCUUUGAACAACAACUAGUAUCAUCCAACAACAAUGGCUUUGAUAACAACCCGUUUGCAAUUGUCAUAGUUGGCAAACAAGGAGUUGGGAAGAGGACCUUGGCGCACAUGAUCUACCACCACACUUGGAUUCGCCAACAGUUUCUUCAUCGCAUUUGGGUGGAUCUACCCCUCGUUUCGACAUUCAAGAUGAUUGAUAUAAUUGGAAACGAAUUUGUAAGGUCCAUAGACAAGGAAGAAUAUUGUGAUCAGAAAUUACAUCUAGACCUGCCGCUACCAGACAUGUGGGAAUAUAUUAAUGAACAACUCUGUGGCAGUAGAUACUUGUUGGUGCUUCAUUGUGAAAAUUUGGUUAGUUUGAUGCAACCAGAGUGGAAUGAAUUGAAGAACAUCAUGUUGCGUGUGGGCGGGCCAGGGAGUGGAGUCUUGAUCAUCUACAAAUCAUCAACAGAAUCAGCUGUAAGAAAUAUGCGUUUUCUAAAUAGACUGAAGGAUAUUACAACAUUCUAUUUGAAUCCCUUAUCGGAUUAUGCAUGGGUUGAGUUAGUCAGCAGACACGCAGCAACGACGAUCCCAUUGAAGCAGGACAAAUCAAACAAGGAUGAGCUCAUUCAAUUGGCUAAGCUAUACUGCACAAACUUUCCUGGUCAAACAUUUGGGGCAAAGGUUUUUGGAUCGUUAUUCCAUUAUAUUCCGACGACAUUUGCAAUACUUCAAAGUCGCCUUCUGGAUGAUAUUUGUAAGGUUAGGAAUUUUCCACUUGUCAUCGUACGAUUACUCCAAUACCAUUACCUACUUGAUGCUGACACUGAUAAUUAUUAUGAUAAUGAUUAUGAUGUCAUCUUACACAUGUUGACCGCCGAAUGCCUCAUACCAACUGAAGGCCUCGAACCAGGUUGGAUUGAAUGCUAUGAAAGACAUUUUACCCAAAUACAUAGAAAGCGGGACUUGCCAGAAUUACUGUUUGGAAGGAUGGUCUACUGGCAUAUGAAGAUUCCCAAAGAUUCAACUACUAUUUCUAGGUGCUGCCGUUGUUUAUGUUUGGAAAUUAAUCCUAGAGUGAAACCAUUUCGACUGCCGAUCAUGCCAAUUAAGGUGAGCAGUAAGCUGAUAACAUUGAUUCUACAAGAAGAUAAGAAAACGACGCGAGAAGAUGUUGAGGAAAUAACACUUCGAGUAUACAAAAAAAGAUGCAUGAAAGCAGCAACUGCAAUAUCAAAGUUCCUCAACAAGAUGUCAGUAAGAUUCAUACAUUUGCAUAUGUUAGUUGUAGAAACUAGUAUGAUCCAAAGCCUACCAAAUGAAAUUAGCAAAUUGGUUAGCUUGAGAUACCUCCACCUUUCGAAGCUUAAGAUGGAAUUACUUCCGAAAUCACUUUUUGACCUGCUUAAUUUGCGAAUUUUAAGUUUGCUUCACUGCAAAAAGCUUCAAAAGAUACCUGAACGAAUCCAUAAGCUUAAGAAAUUGCAGAUUUUGAAAUUAGCUUAUUGCACAAAACUUCAGUGGUUACCAAAAUCUAUAACAAGACUCACAAACUUGGAAGAGCUUAAUAUGGAAGGUUGUUGUUUUCUGAGCAAGCUCCCAGAGGAUUUGGUCAGUUUUAAAUCAUUGAGAAUCCUCAACGUCGCAGGAUGUGCAUCCUUGUCUCAACUUCCCCGUGGGAUUGAGCAAUUAAUUGGCCUUCGUAAGUUGUCAGGAAUAAUUGUCGGUGUGCAAGGAGGUUUUGUGCUCACACAGUUGCAAGCUUUAACAAAUCUUCAGGAAAUAAGAUUACAAAACCUAGAACGAGAAGAGGAGAUUCAAACUGAAGUGCUGAUGGGCCAACAAAGUCUUCGACACUUGUCAUUGCAUUGGGGUGGUGAAGAAGCAACUAAGAGUUCUGAAACAGCUCCAUCACAGCAUGUGCUCGAAGCUCUCCGACCCAACUUGCAUUUGAAAUGUCUAGACAUAAUUUCUUAUAAGGGAGUGGAAUUUCCUACUUGGAUGAGUAAACAACAACUUGCUCGUUUCGACUCUUUAGUUGAAGUGAGAUUCAUCAAUCUCAGGAGGUGUGCUAUAUUACCAUCACUCGGUCAACUUCCUUUUCUCGAGAAGCUUGAGAUAAGUGGCAUGGAUUUAAUAAAACACAUAGACUAUACAUUUUACGGUGAUGGCAACACAUUUGCUAUGUUGAGAGAGCUCACUUUCUCAGAAAUGCUUGGGCUAAAGAAAUGGUCUGUGCCGUCGGAAAGAAAAAAUAAAAUAUUUUUUCCAGAGCUUAGACAAUUGACACUAAUUCAGUGCCCAAAACUCAAGGAAAUAUCUCCGUGGUUGUUUCUACAUGAUUAUGAUACAAUGAGAAUAUGGUUGAACAAUGAGACAAUAUGGUCUACUGUAUUUUGCAGUUGGGACAACCUCCGAUACCUUGAAAUAAUAGAGAUAGUCGGGUGCCAAGAGCUAAGGUGUCUACCACAGAGGAUGCAAAGUUUGCAGAUAUCUAAGAUGACAAUUAACAGCUGCAACAAUUUGACGACUUUGGUAGCAUUGGAUUCACUUAUAGAAUUGAACAUAUAUGCUUGCCCACUGCUAGCAUUCAACCUAGAAGCAUUUGCAGAACUUAGGAUACUUACAAUUAAAGGCUGCCCGAAGAUGCAAAUUUAUCAUGAUGCCUGGAAGAAAAAAGAUGAGGAACGGCGAGAAAAAGAAGAAAGAAGAAGAUACAAUUAUGAAAGUAGUUCUAGUUCUAGCUCUUCGCCAAAUUGAAUGAUUUGCUGAACAUGUUGCAAGUAACAAU